UUUUGCGUUCAACUUUCACUUCAAAGAUUUUUUGUUGGGGCCAAGUGGUUGUUGUGGCCGAGUAGUUACUUCAGUCAUAAGCACAGACAGUAAUGUUUACAGUGUCUUCAAUGCGGAUGAAUAAGAAAAGCUUGUACACGCACGCAAAUUAAAGAGUCAACAAUCACAAGAUGUCCAGCAUAAGGAAUCUCUCAAAACCGGAUGUGGACAACAACAAUAGCGACUCACAGACAAAACAACAAAAUGCUGAAUCAAAAGAGAAAAGUGAUCCCAUGAUCUAUAUAAUAUUUGCAUCGUUACUCUUUGAUUUGUUGGCCUUUACAAUUAUAUUACCGCUGUUGCCCUCUCUCUUGGAACAUUAUCGGACCAAUGAUAGUUCCGGCUUGUAUGCUAUACUUACGGACCGUGUACGCUGGUUCCAAGAGCUGGUCGGCGCUCCAGAGCGUUAUACAUCGGUACUUUUUGGUGGAUUCCUGGGCUCCAUGUUUAGUUUUUUACAAUUCCUGGCCAGCCCCAUUGUGGGCGGUUUGUCGGAUUAUUAUGGACGUAAGCCUUUGCUUUUGAUUUGCGCAUCGGGUAUAUCGCUUUCAUAUUUGCUUUGGGCCUGCUCCAGCAACUUCGCACUAUUUGUGUUGGCCCGCUUUGUGGGCGGAAUUAGCAAAGGAAAUAUUUCUUUAUGCAUGUCUGUCAUUACGGAUGUCUCCAGCGUACGUACUCGCGGACGCGGUAUGGCGUUGGUGGGCGUGGCCUUCUCGCUGGGAUUCAUUGUGGGUCCCAUGAUUGGUGCCAUGUUUGCAAUAUUCUCGAAUAAAACAGCAAGCGGGGGCGCUUGGUUCGUCCUUCCCUCACUGCUAGCCCUGGCUCUGUCACUGGGAGAUCUGCUGAUCCUGGCAUUUUGUUUGCGUGAAACUUUGCCCAAGGAAAAACGUGUACGAGAAAUCUCCUCCGCCAUGUCUUAUGCUCUGCAAUUGCUUAACAUCUCUUCCAUAUUCAGAUUUUCUGCUAUCAAAAAAGUGCCUAAAAAAGAUAUCGAAGCGCUGCGCGCUAUUGGACUGAUCUACUUUUUAUAUCUAUUUCUAUACUCAGGCCUAGAAUUUACGGUAACAUUUCUGAUGUAUCAUAAAUUUGGAUACACAUCCAUGGACCAAGCCAAAAUGUUCUUAACCACAGGGCUUAUUAUGACGCUACUACAAGGAUCUGUGGUGCGUCGUCUACCAGAGUCCAAGAUUAAGCGCUAUGCCAUCUUUAAUCUUUACCUAAUUGUACCUGCAUUUAUAUUAGUUGGACUGGCAGAAAGCAGCCGGUUGCUGUACGCGGGCAUGAUUCUUUUUGCCAUUUCCACAGCUUUUGUCGUCACUUGUUUAACCACUUUGGUAUCAAAAUAUGGAAACGAUGAUCAAAAGGGCUCAGUAUUAGGCAUUUUUCGUUCGCUGGGUGCUUUAGCACGUGCUCUGGGCCCCGUUGUGGGUUCCAUAGCUUUUUGGUGCGUGGGAUCAAAAAUUACUUACAUAGCAGGCGGAAUUUUGCUUAUAUAUCCAGCAGUUGCAUUGCAACGCGCUCAUAUUUAAAUUAUAUUUAACAUAAGAACAAAGAUAUAUGAAAUUAUUUUUACACAUA